UUGCGCCACGUACAGUAGUCGGGUGCCCUCUUGUUACUCAAUUAUUAAUCAACGUCAGUACGUCAGGGGGGACAUUGAACAGAUCUUCUUUUUUUUUUGAGAAAGGACGAUCGUCGCUCUCAACCUUUCCGCUUUUAUUUAGUUUAUUAAAUACUACAGUCUGGGCCAGAGUUCGCUCAACUGUGGUUAACUUUGUUUAACCAUUUUGUGCUUGACAAUAGAUGAAGGAUCGUUUUGUCAAACUUAUUGUAAGCCCGUACGUUCAGGUUUUAGAAUUGUAUGCGUCCUGCGUGCACUCUGCAGCUGUGGUUGUUGAAAGUUGAAUGCGGUGUUUAUUUUGAGUGAAGAGCUCAGGACAACAAUGGCUUUGAGUAAAGAUGUUGCCGACAUUGAGAAUCUACUGGUGUUGAACCCUAGAGUAUUACAUCAUGCUAGUCUGGUAACCACCUCAACUACCAAGAAGAAUCGCAAACACUGGAAGCGAAAUGGACCGACAUCAUGUGCGACCUGUGGUGACCUUGAGAAUAACUUUGAUGACAUCAAGCAUACUACACUAAGUGAGCGGGCUGCCCUGAAAGAAGCAGCAAGAUGCCUCAAGUGUGCGGAUGCCCCGUGCCAGAAGAGCUGCCCUACACAGCUAGAUGUGAAGACAUUCAUCACAAGCAUUGCUAAUAAGAACUACUACGGUGCAUCUAAGGCCAUUUUCUCUGACAAUCUGUUGGGUUUGACGUGUGGCAUGGUGUGCCCUACGAGUGACCUUUGCGUUGGUGGCUGUAACCUCCAUGCUUCAGAAGAGGGCGCUAUUAACAUUGGUGGACUGCAGCAGUUUGCAACCGAGAUCUUCAAAGCUAUGAAGAUUCCUCAGAUUCGUAACCCAUCCCUCCCGCCUCCAGACCAGCUUCCUGAGAGCUUCAACUCCAAGAUAGCUCUCCUAGGCUGCGGACCAGCCAGUAUUAGCUGUGCCACCUUCCUUGCUCGUUUGGGCUACUCUGACGUCACCAUCUUCGAGAAAGAAGAUUUCAUCGGUGGUUUGAGCUCCUCUGAGAUUCCUCAGUUCCGCUUGGCUUAUGAUGUGGUUUCCUUUGAAGUGGACUUGAUGAAAGAUCUUGGAGUCAAGGUUGAACAUGGCAAAAGUCUUGGUGGAAAUGGCCUGACUGUUGAAUCCUUGAAGGAGUCUGGGUACGAGGCUGUCUUCUUGGGUAUUGGACUACCAGAGGCUAAGCGUAUAGCAGUCUUUGAUGGCCUGACUCUGGAGCAGGGGUUCUAUACCUCUAAGGAUUAUCUUCCUGUUGUAUCCAAAGCCAGUAAAGCAGGUAUGUGUUCUUGCAAGUCUCAACUUCCAAAACUCCACGGUAAUGUCAUUGUUCUCGGUGCUGGUGACACUGCCUUUGACUGUGCCACAUCGGCCCUUCGCUGUGGAGCUAAACGUGUCUACAUUGUCUUCCGUAAGGGCUUCACGACUAUCAGGGCUGUACCAGAAGAGAUGGAACUUGCCAGGGAGGAGAGAUGUGAGUUCAUGCCAUUCCUGUCUCCAAGGAAGGUCAUCUUGAAGGCUAAUCGGAUCACUGGGCUGGAGCUGUGUCGUACUGAACAAGAUGACAAUGGGAAAUGGGUGGAAGAUGAGGAACAGACUGUCCGUCUGAAGGCUGAUUUCAUUAUCUCUGCGUUUGGCUCUACACUCCUUAACGAACAAGUGAAAUCAGCCAUGGCCCCCAUCAAGUUCAAUUCCUGGGGUCUACCAGAGAUUAGUCCAGACACUAUGCAGAGCAGUGAGCCAUGGGUGUUUGGUGGUGGUGAUAUAGCUGGACAGGCUAACACUACUGUAGAAUCAGUCAACGAUGGUAAAACUGCUGCCUGGUUCAUGCAUAAAUACCUACAGUCCCUACACGGUCUUCCUGUCCAAGCCAUCCCUAAGCUUCCCAAAUUCUACACCCCAAUCGACACCGUUGACAUCAGCAUGGAGGUUUGUGGGAUGAAGUUUGAGAACCCCUUUGGCCUGGCUAGUGCCCCACCCACCACAUCAGCGGCCAUGAUACGACGAGCCUUCGAGGCAGGUUGGGGAUUCGCUGUCACGAAAACCUUCACCAUGCUCAAAGACAUUGUGACCAACGUGUCUCCUCGCAUUGUUCGGGGCACCACAUCCGGCCAUAUGUUUGGCCCUGGUCAGGGUUCCUUCCUAAACAUUGAGCUGGUCAGUGAGAAGACCGCUACCUACUGGUGCCAGAGUGUCCGAGAACUUAAAGAUGACUUCCCGGAAAAGAUUGUCAUUGCUAGCAUCAUGUGCAGCUUUAAUAAGGAAGAUUGGGUUACACUGGCUAAAAUGGCUGAGGAUCAUGGAGCUGAUGCCCUUGAGUUGAACCUGUCCUGCCCCCAUGGUAUGGGGGAGAGGGGCAUGGGUCUCGCCUGUGGCCAAAACCCUGAGCUGGUGCUAAACAUCUGCCGCUGGGUCCGGGAGACCGUCAAGAUUCCAUUCUUUGCCAAGUUGACCCCAAAUGUGACUUCCAUUGUUGAGAUAGCUCGUGCAGCUAAAGAUGGGGGUGCCGAUGGUGUUACAGCCACCAACACUGUCUCUGGUCUGAUGGGAUUAAAGGGUACAUCCAGCGCCUGGCCUGCUGUGGGUAAAGAGCAACGGACAACAUACGGUGGUGUAUCUGGUAACGCUAUCCGACCUAUCGCUCUUCGUGCAGUGUCUGCCAUCGCUAACGCACUACCUGGUUUCCCUAUACUGGCCACUGGGGGGAUUGACUCUGCUGAUGCAGGCAUGCAGUACUUGCAUGGUGGAGCUGUGGCACUUCAGGUUUGCAGUGCCGUACAGAACCAGGACUUUACUUUGAUUGAGGACUACGUGACCGGACUCAAGACUCUGCUCUAUCUGGAGAGCAUUGGAGCAUUUGAGGAUUGGGACGGUCAGAGUCCACCGACUGCCAGACACCAGAAGGGAAAACAAGUUCCUAAAGUUAGCGACAUGGUGGGCAAGCAUCUUCCAUCCUUUGGACCGUAUCAACAAGAGCGUAUACGUAUAUUGGCCCAGCAUAAGAGAAAGCUGGACCUGUUGGAUCCUUCUCUUGAACCUGAAGAUCCACGGACUAUCAGUAAACCCAAGAAAUCUGUCCCUAAUGUCAAGGAUGUUAUUGGCGCUGCUCUAGACCGCAUCGGCAGCUACGGUGACCUGGACAAUAAACAACAAGUGGUGGCGCUCAUCGAUGAAGAAAUGUGCAUCAACUGCGGCAAAUGCUACAUGACUUGUAACGAUAACGGAUACCAGGCUAUCACCUUUGACCCUAAGACCCAUCUACCACAUGUAACAAAGGACUGCACUGGUUGUACGCUAUGCGUCAGUGUCUGUCCGAUCAUAGAUUGUAUUACUAUGACUAAGAGAGACAGGCCCUAUGUGCCGAACCGAGGUGUUCCUAUGAGUCAGUCAGUUUAAAAUGACAAUAUGGAGCAUUUGUAUAGCGCUAGGCGAAAAAGAACAGAGCGCUUUUAAGGAGACAAGAAUAAAAACAAAACAACAAACUGAAGUGCCAUAUAAAAAUACUCUGAGCAAAAAGUAAGGUACAACAUUGGUUUACAGAAAAAUUAUCACAUCCUCAGGUUUUCAAGAGAUGGUACUAGAUAGAAUGGUGCAGUUUUUAUUUUCAGAUUUAAAAAAUAUAUAAUUUCUACGACUCGUGCAAAAGACUUGCUUGGUGGCAUUCCUUUUGCUGAGAGAAAUUUUUCCGUUUUCAACUAGGUGAAAAUGAUUUGAGAAGCAAAAUAAUCUUUGGGUGAAAUGACAUUGAAAGUUACAAGUUUUUGAGCUAAUCAAGGAUUUAAAUCCUAUAUAAAUGUAGAUAAUUAUACAUGUAUACAAUAAAUCUAAUAUUUGAAAAUUGAAUUUCAAAAGGUGGUAGAGUUUUUUGAGAAAUGGCCAAAAAUCUAGAGCAGUUGUGUCCAAGCAGGAAGAACACUCAGACAAACUUUACUGAGAUUGAAAUGUUUCUGAAUCUCUAAAACCACAUUCCUUUAAAGGAAAUGUUUCUCAAAAUGUUAUACAUUGUCUUGGUGCAAGACGUUUCUCGUUUUCCUUUCACGCACAGCGCGGCCAUCUCACAAACAGCGCCCGCAACGAGUCACCUGACUUAGUCCACCCACAAUGGACCAAGACGUUUCUCGCAGGGCGGUGGGUAGACUAAGUCAGGUGAGUCGUUGUUGGUGAGAUGGCCGCGCUGUGCGUGAAAGGAAAACGAGAAACGUCUUGCACCAAGACUUUGUAAUACAUUGUCAACAAUAAAAUGUGUGUUUAAUAAUAUAAAUUGUGUUAAUGAUAAAGUAUGCAGUGAUUACAAUUAUAAUGUUGAAAGAUUUGUCAAAGAAGUUUAUAUUGCCAUGAGAUUAAAAAAAUAAAAACGAAGUCGGAGAAGUUUUACUUUAAACAAAUUAUAAGACAUAUGAAUAUUAAGCCUUGAUUCAGUAUUAACUUGUUUAAUUCAGUAUUGCACAUAAAUUAUGUGGUAAUUGCUACUACUUUAUUAACUUCCAUCAUUUAUAUAAAUUAAAAUUGUGAAUCCAUUAUUUUUGUAAUACACGUCAAAGUUUAUGGAUACUUUUGUGCUUAGGUAUAAAUCCCAGCUUGGAGCGACUGAUAUAGUGUGUGUUUACUUGAGCAAGACACUUAACCAUGAUUGCUUCAUCCUUAAGAUGGGGUGUAAAGACGUUGGGCCCGUGUGUUUGCCCGAAGGGGAUCGCCCCGGUGUUCCUGGUUUGAUUGGCAGCAUAUUGUGCCAAAGCACCUUUUAAAACAUUACAUGGUACUAUGUUAAAAGGAGUAGGUACCAUACCUCUAAUACAGACUGUUGAAGCUUAUCCACUAGCUAGUGUCAAAUACCGGAAAUGCUGAAGAGCAUAGAGAAACUCCUACUUAUUUCUCGGGAUUUGUUUGAUUUAUUGUAUUUAAAGUUGCUUCCAUGAUAACAUUUAACACUGCUUCCAAAUACUUCACAUUAGAGUUAAGAACCUAUGGUAUUAUGUUGAUAUUUGUGUCAGUAAACUCACAGGCAGUAACACCCUGAACCAAACGUUUAUACCUCAUGAAUUUUUGAUCAGAUAAGGAAGAUCCCAUUAAAGACUGCUCUUUCCGAAACCAUGGAGUACCAACCUGAAUUUCUCAUAGCAACACGUCUUUGUUGAAUACGUGAUUCACAUAAUGAAUAUUCAUUUGGUGUGCGGUAAAACCAUGUGUGUAUCUAACUCUUCAGGUUGAUUAUGUUCUUAAGAAAACUGUCUGGCUUUAAAUUCUACUACCGCGGAGUAGAUUUUCUGAAAAGAGUGAGUUAAAAGCCAUAUUCUUCCUAAACCAAAAUCCUUGCUACCCAAGGAUCUGCAACAAUAUCCUUAAUCUCGAAAAUAUUUUUGUUCACUACAGACCAACUUGGUCUUAAAGGCUCAUAUUUCCUGGUUAAACUAUUUCCCAUCCACACCAUGUUUAUAAUAACAACGGUGGAAAUAGUACAGCACAGUUACAAUAAUUGGAAUCGUCGAAACGUUUCGACCAAUUUAGAACUGACUCCGCGGCAGUACAGUUAAUUACGAUCCUAUAAGCUAAAGUAGUAGUCCAGUCGAAUU